GGCGCUGUUGUGUCAGCACCGAUACCGCGGCGGCUAGUACCGGUGGUUCCCCCGGUCAGUGUGGGCGGUGAGGAGGACACGCCGGUGCCCGGGGAGAAGAUGGCGAGCAAGGUGAUAUAUCCACUUUACCAAAUCGGAAAUCCACAGCUUCGUGUAUUUAGAACUAACUUCUUUAUGACUUUGGUUAGACCCGGUAAAGAGCUUCCACCAGACACAGUGCAAUUCCGUGUAGCUCUUCAGAUGACAAAGUUUGAUAUUCAGAAUUAUCUGCAGAGUAUAUACAGUGUGCCGGUGGCUGCGGUGCGCACUCGCAUCCAGUAUGGUAGCAACCGGAAAAGAAACCAUCUGAGACAGAAGGUGAAGCGCCCGGAUUACAAGGUAGCCUACGUACAGUUGGGCCAAGGACAAACCUUUCAGUUCCCUGACCUCUUUCCAGAGAAGGAAACCUCUGUCGAAUCUGGUUCCUUUGAAGAACUGCAAGAAAAAUAUUUGGAGACUGAGAAACAGCGUUUGCACAGUGACCCACGUAGGGGCGGACUUAAUGACUGGUUUGGACUUUAAUGCCCUUAUUUAUAAAAACCCAAUGACCGUAACCCGAUCCGGUGCUGCUUCAGUACAUGAUGUCUAAAUCUGGAGACCAGUUUUUCCAUACUCCAUUUUUCUUAUAAGAUCCAUUUCUAUUCCACAAUGGAUAAAUAGAGCCUUGAGAGUUGUCUUAUGCUUAUUUAUUUCAAUUUUCUUUACAGCAAAAUCUUUAUUCCUGGAUGUAAACAUGAGCAGUGCUUUGGGAUCUGUUACAUAUUGGGGAUUGAACAGUCAACUCAUUUAUAAAUACAUUACUUUGUGUAUAA